UUUUCUGCUGUUCAUCACACUUCACACAAAUAAAAUCCAUUUCUCCAUCAAACGCUCUGCUUUCUUCUUCGCUGUCGCUCCACCCCUGCCUUGUUCUAGUCCUGCGUUCAAAAAGAAGGUUGAAAAACCCUAGUUGAAAAAAAGAGAGGUUAGUAUUUGGCUUUCGUUUGAAGCCAUGGCGACGUCGUUUGGAACUGCCGCGAGUUCCGUGAUAUCGAACGAUCCGAAGAUUCGAGUGCAGAGCUUUAGAGGGUUGAAGUCUUCGCAUUCGCUCGCUUUGACGAGGAAUCUUCGCGUGUUUCCGGCUCAAUUCUCCAGUCCUUCUCUUAUUAGAGCUGUAUCCACGCCAGUGAAGCCUGAGACUACUACGACAGAGACAAAGCGAAGUAAAGUUGAAAUAUUCAAAGAACAAAGCAAUUUCAUUAGAUACCCUCUUAAUGAGGAGAUAUUGACGGAUACACCCAAUAUCAACGAGGCUGCAACACAAUUAAUUAAGUUCCAUGGAAGUUAUCAACAGUAUAAUAGAGAUGAGCGCGGUACAAGGUCUUAUUCAUUCAUGCUUCGAACUAAAAACCCUGGUGGGAAAGUCCCGAACCAACUCUACUUGACCAUGGAUGAUCUUGCUGACCAGUUUGGUAUCGGAACACUUCGUUUGACAACAAGACAAACGUUUCAGCUCCAUGGUGUUUUGAAGAAGAACCUCAAGACCGUAAUGAGCACGAUUAUUAAAAACAUGGGUUCGACUCUUGGUGCGUGUGGGGAUCUCAAUAGGAACGUGCUUGCUCCUGCUGCCCCUUUCUUGACCAAAGGGUACCUGUUUGCACAGGAAACUGCUGACAACAUUGCGGCGCUGUUAACUCCUCAGUCGGGCUUUUAUUAUGAUGUGUGGGUUGAUGGGGAGAGAUUCUUGACAUCUGAACCUCCAGAAGUAGUGAAGGCCAGGAAUGAUAAUUCUCAUGGAACGAAUUUCCCUGAUUCACCUGAGCCAAUAUAUGGAACUCAGUUCUUGCCGAGGAAGUUUAAGAUUGCUGUUACUGUGCCAACUGAUAACUCGGUGGAUAUUCUCACAAAUGAUAUUGGGGUUGUGGUAGUUUCUGAUGAAAAUGGGGAGCCUCAGGGUUUCAACAUAUAUGUUGGUGGUGGCAUGGGAAGAACACACAGGCUGGAGGCCACUUUCCCACGAUUGGCAGAACCACUGGGUUAUGUGCCAAAGGAGGACAUUUUGUAUGCUAUUAAAGCCAUUGUUGCUACACAACGAGAUCAUGGCAGAAGAGAUGACCGUAAAUAUAGUAGAAUGAAAUAUUUGAUCAGCUCCUGGGGGAUUGAAAAGUUUAGAAGUGUUGUUGAGCAAUAUUAUGGAAAGAAAUUUGAGCCUUUCCUUGAGUUGCCUGAGUGGGAAUUUAAGAGUUACUUGGGAUGGCAUGAGCAGGGUGAUGGUGCUUUAUUUUGCGGGCUCCAUGUAGAUAAUGGUCGUGUUGGAGGUAAAAUGAAGAAGACAUUGAGGGAAGUAAUAGAGAAGUAUAAUUUAAAUGUCCGAAUAACCCCAAACCAAAACAUUAUUUUGUGUGACAUUUGUCGUGCAUGGAGGCGUCCAAUUACUACAGUUCUUGCUCAGGCUGGCCUGCUGCAUCCUAGAUAUGUGGAUCCCCUGAACUUGACUGCUAUGGCAUGCCCAGCUUUCCCACUUUGCCCAUUGGCAAUAACUGAAGCUGAACGUGGCAUACCUGACAUCCUCAAGCGGGUCCGAGCUGUCUUUGAGAAGGUUGGUCUCAAGUACAAUGAAUCUGUAGUGGUAAGAAUAACUGGCUGCCCCAAUGGUUGUGCUAGACCAUACAUGGCUGAGCUUGGACUGGUUGGUGAUGGUCCCAACAGCUAUCAGAUUUGGCUCGGAGGGACACCCAAUCAAACCCAAUUAGCGAGAAGUUUUAUGAAUAAAGUCAAGGUUCAGGACCUUGAAAAAGUUUUUGAACCUUUGUUCUACUACUGGAAACGAAAAAGACAACCCAAAGAAUCAUUUGGCGACUUCACAACCCGCAUGGGAUUUGAAAAACUUCAAGAGCUGGUGGACAAAUGGGAAGGUCCAGAGAAAGCACCAGCAAGGUAUAACCUGAAGCUUUUUGCUGAUAAGGAGACAUAUGAAGCCAUGGACGAGCUUGCAAAGCUGCAGAGCAAGAGUGCUCAUCAGCUAGCAAUAGAAGUCAUUCGCAAUUUUGUUGCUGCCCAGCAAAAUGGGAAAAGUGAAUGAGUCAUUUGAGAUAUUGCUGCUGCUGCUGCUGCAUUGCCUACUGAACAAAUUGUAGGUGUCUCUUCUGGAUUUAUUACAAUUCGGUAACAUCUGGAAUGGAUAGAGUUUUGGUUUUUUGAAAUCAUUUUGGUUUCAAGUUUUGCAAUUGUUUCAGCUUUAUACAGGAUCUGGGUUCUCUAUUCUCUCCUAUUGUGUUGAGUUGUUAGGUAAUGUAGUGUUCAUCCUAUUUACUUUAAUAAAAAUUAUAAUCCCCAGUAUUCUAGUUA